ACCGCUCAUCUCACGCUCGAAGAGACAGAGCUAAACUUGAGGGUCGCUCUAGAUGAAGCCGAGGAAGCAAAAGCUGCCGAGGCAAAGGCGCUUGGACAGAUAAAGUCAAUGUCUGAGAAAACAGACGCUGCCCGUAAGUCGACAUCAUCCGAGUCUGGAGCUCAGAGCAUCACACUGUCUCGGGAGGAGUUCAACUCGCUGAGCAAGAGAGCUGAGGUGUUCGAUAAGUUGGCGGAUAUGAAAGUGGCGGCUGCACAGGCUCAGGUGGAAGCAGUUAGAGCUAGCGAAACCGAGACACUGAAGAAGUUAGAGACUACACAAGAGGAGAUUGAGAAGCUGAAGACCGCAACAGAAGAAGCACUGAAGAAAGCAGCUAUGGCUGAUGCUGCUAAGAAAGCGGUUGAAGGAGAACUCAGGAGGUGGAGGGAAAGAGAUCAGAAGAAAGCAGAGGAAGUGGCGUCGAGGAUCCUCGCAGAGGCUGAGGCCAAGAUGUCCGCUGAGUCAUCAUCACCGCAACAUCAUUACAAAGCUACUACUAAGCAGAAGCCUAUCCACAACAAACUGGAGAAGACAAAAACCUCUGUGGUAUCAAAGAAAGUGCUUUUACCUAAUCUAAGUGGGAUCUUUAGUAGAAAGAAGAAUCAAGUGGAGUGGGGUUCUCCUUCAUAUCUCCCUGGAGAGAAACCCAUUUGAGAUGUAUGCUUUCUUUUCAAGAUUUGAGAACUUUUAUUGUUGUGAACAAAGAAAGCUUUGUGAUUUUAGAUCAGAAGCAGUUGCAGCUAUGGUCUAUAAUGUGAAAAAAAAAAACUGGUUUGUUGGUGUAAAUUGGAUCAAAUCUACUUCGGUUGUUUUGUUUCGUCU